ACAGUAUUUUUGUAUCGUCGUUAGUUUACUUUUGAUUAUAACAUAUUUCGGCCCUGUAUAUAUCAAAAUAAAAUUAAGGUAAAUUCUUGAAAUAAUAUAACUCAAAUGAUCAAAAACAUGAUUUUAAGAGGUCCUCGGUUUCCAUGGUAACACCACGAUUGCUAUGUUACUGACGGCUAACAUAAUUAGCGUUAGCGUUGGUUAGCGUUGGUUUAAUACUAGAUAAUAACAAGAUGAAUAAAGAACAGAAUGACACAGAAGAUCCAGAAAUGAGUCCCGUGAUGGAUGUAGAGGUGUGUGAGAGUGACGAGACGUUUGUUCAGUCUCUAAACGAGUUUAUCGAGAAAGAGAAAAAGUACCUGCAGUGUCCAGAAGAGGGCACUGAUGAGCUGCGAUACAUCGUCUACCGCUCCGCGUUCAACAAGGUGAUUGGUCGAGCCUCGGCCUAUAGGAGGCUCCUGCUGGACAUAAAGUCAGAGUACGACGGCGUCAUCAGGGAGAUGAAGAGGAGGGAGGAGGAAGCUGCGGCGUCCCGCCUGCAGUCCCUGCUGGGUUAUGCGGCUCACAUCACUCACAGAACCAUGGUCCUCCAGAACCAGACAGCAGAACUUCAGCAGGAGGUCCAGAGGCUGAAGGCCUCCACCCAGAGCCAGCUGAUACCAGGUCUGACUGUGGCCCAGUCCGAAGACCCGGAGGUUCUGCUGGUCCAUCUGGACCACCUGAAGACGCAGAGAGACGGCCUGCUGGACCGGAAGAUCCUGUGUGGUCCUGUGGAGGUCCAGACCCAGCUGACCUUUGACCUGCAAGUGUACCAGCUCCACAGAGACCUCCUGAGGGCCCAGAACCAGCAGCUGAUGACCCGGUUCCGGCGCCUGAAGCUGCUGGGUCAACGUCUGACGGUCUGGGAGGAAUCGGGUCAGACGUUUCCACUGGAGGAGUUGCUGCGUUCUGUCAUCCAGAACCUCCAGGAGAUCGGAACCGACGUGCAGGACGAAGGUCCGACUUCACAUCCUGGAAAUGAACUGAUGGUUCUGGUGUCAGCAGGUUCUGGUUCUGAACGUGAUCCACCAGAACCGUUCAGAACCUUUGCUGUCCGUCCUGCAGGCGGUGAUGAAGAGCCGUUCUGCAUCCCAGCUGAGCUGCUGGAAGAAGAGGAACCGACCGGGCUGGACGAGUCCAAACUGCUGAGGAACCACCUGGAUAGGUUCCUGGACCUGUUCCGGUCCUCCCAGUACGAGGCGGCGGCCCUCCAUGCGGCCCGGUCUCCGGUCCUGAGGGACUCGGACACCAUGGAGAUGUUCCGAGGUGUUCGGGCCCCGCCGGGCUCCACCCCUCCACUGCUGCUGUUCUUCCGGGCGCUGCUGGUUACCGCCGCGACAGGCAGCCGGCUGUCGGCGGCGCUGUCGCUAAGGGGCGUGUCCUCGGCUCUGCAGCACGGAGACGUGCAGCUCAUCGCUAACGCCGUCACGCUCAACAAGCUGACCUUCUCUGAGGCUGUGGGCGACGCGCUCGCUGAGCAUGCUCAGAGGAACCAGGGCGUGGCCGACCUCUGCCUGGCUCUGGCCUCCACCGUCUACCAGGCCUGCAGCCUCCACCAGAAGAUCGCACUGAGCAUGUGCAGGAGAGGCCUGGUGCACGGCGCCGCCGAGGUCAUCAAGAGGAAGCAGCUCACCACAGAGGAGAGGGUUCUGUGUUCUGUGUGGGUUCUGUCCCACGCGCCCAGCCUGUCGCUCCUCCAGCUGCUGACCAACGCAGACGAAAACGGGGAGGCGGCCAUCUUGUCUGUGGGCGGGACCUUUGCCUCCAUGCUGGCGGACUUCAACCAGAACCGGCUGGCUCUGGAGCUUCUGGAAGGGUUCCUGAGGAGAGGUCCAGACGUGCUGGCGACGGCCAUCUUGGGGGACAGCAGCUGCUCGGUGGACGUCUGGGACCAGGUGGCGGCGCUGUGCGCUGAACUGGACCGGGCCGACCUGAGCCGGGCCAUCCGCUCCAUCCUGCACGGACCUCGAUCCUGGACAUCGGACCUGGAAGGGGAAUGGGUCAUGGAGCAUGUCUUCCUGUGAGACAGGAAGUGGAGGACGGAGACAGGAAGUGGAGGAUGGAAACAGGAAGCGGAGGACAGAGACAGGAAGUGGAUUAGCGCGUUAGCCGCUGGUUUUAACCUGCUGUCUCUGUUCUGCCUGAAUUUCCUCUCUGUGAUAAUAAAUGAUUGUUUUCUGCCGUUA